CUCCCCUACCCAGAAGCCUCUGCGAGCUGGAGAGGCGAAGCGCUGUGCUGGAAGAGGCGGCCUGGCUUCUUUGGGCCUCUAUAAUAAGCGAAGGCAGAAGCGAUGGAGGAGAAAGCGGCGGCCAAUUGCUCCUUGCGGGUCAAGCGUCCUCUCUUGGACCCCAAGUUUGAGGGCUACAAGCUCUCGCUGGAGCCGCUGGCCUCUUACCAAGUCGCCCUGGACUCCCCGGUAGCAGAAGUCAAACUUCGGGAUGACCAGUACACCUUGGACCACAUGCGUGCCUUUGGGAUGUACAACUACUUACACCUGGAUUCGUGGUAUCAAGAUAGUAUUUAUUAUGUUGAUCAGCUUGGAAGAGUGAUGAAUCUCAGUGUUACUAUGGAAACUGCCUUAAAAAAGCCAAGAGAAGUGUUCAGGCUCCCUGCAGAUUUGACAGCUUGUGAUAACCGCUUGUGUGCAUCAAUACAUUUCACAUCUUCUACCUGGGCUACCCUUUCGGAUGGAACAGGAAGACUGUAUCUCAUUCGGACCGGCAAGCGGGGGAACGACUCCUGUGAAAAGUGGGAAAUACUAUUCAAUGAAGAAUUUGAAAGUCCCUUCAUUGUAGUUCACAGCAUCUCCUUCCUGCAGUCAGAUACGCAUUCAGUGGGUGUUUUACUUCUCCGAGUUGAAAAAGAUGAAUCAGACAUACAAGGGAGUGGCUUCCACGUCUCCUUAGAGUGGGUUACAGUUGUGAAAAUGGCUAAAGAAGGUGAUCAAGGGUACGAAAUCUGCAAACGGCGAGUUCUUCAAGGAAAGUCAGUGCCUCAUUAUGCGGCUAUAGAACCGAGUGGCGAUGGACUUAUGGUUAUUUCUUACAAGCCGUACACACUUGCACAGGACAAUGAGAGCAAAUGUGAUGAAAGUGAGAAGGAGAAAGCAGAAGAAAAUAAGAAAGGGCCUCUGUAUUACUGGCAGCAAACUGAAGAGGAUUUAACCAUCACUUUUCCUUUAUGUGAAGACUUCACCAAAGAGGCCAUCCAAGUGCAUUUUUUUCCAGAUCGUCUGAGUGUGACACUGAAAGAUCCAAACCCUCUUGUAUUGGAAGGAACCCUUUUUUCACAGAUUGAUCAUGAAAGCUCCACAUGGAUCAUAAAAGAAAAUAGUUUGGAGAUUUCACUGAUUAAGAGGGAAGAGGGAUCCUUAUGGCCAGAACUGAUUGUUGGUGACUCCCGGGGAGAACUAAUCAUGGAUCCAGCCCAAAGAGCUGCAAUAGCUGAGCGUCUGAUGCAUCUUACCUCUGAUGAAAUGAACCCAGAUCCUAACAAAGAGAAUCCUCCUUGUAAUGCUCAGGAGCUGGAAGAAUGUGACAUUUUCCUUGAGGACAGCACAAGUUUAUGCAGAUUUGAUGGUAAUACGUUGAACGUCACUCAUGUGGUUAAUCUCGGAAGCAACCAGUAUCUUUUCUCAAUCAUUGUGGAUCCUAAAGAAAUGCCAUGCUUCUGCCUACGUCACGAUGUCGAUGCACUUCUGUGGCAGCCGCGUCCAGAUCAGCAGGACAAAUGGGAACACAUUUCUACUUUUAAUGCACUAGGUUAUGUGCAAGCGUCAAAGCAAGACAAGAAGUUCAUGGCCUGUGCUCCAAACCACUCCUAUUCUGCCCUAUGCGAAUGUUUCCGGAGAGUGUUCAUCUAUCGGCAACCCGCCCCUUUGUCUACUGUUCUCUACAACAGAAAGGAGGGAAGACAAGUCGGGCAAGUUGCUAAGCAGUUGGUAGCAACUCUGGAAACCCAUGAUCCUGUUUUGGGGUUUCAGGCAACAAAUGAGAGAUUAUUUGUUCUGACAACAAAAGUCUUGUUUAUAAUAAAAGUAAGCACCGAGAAUUAAUGAUUAAAGACAUCCUGUACUCCAGACUGGUUGCAAUAAUGACUAUAAAUUGGUAGGAAAGAACAGUUGCGCAAAAGCAACAUAUCAUAUUUACAAUUUUCUUGACCAAAUUGUAUGUUCACAUAUGCCUCUACUUAACCAUGAAUAAGAUCAUUUUAUUUUAAUGAAGUCAGUUAUUGAUGCAAAACACUUCAGUUCUGUUGAGAAGGUAAAGGAUUUUUUUCUCUUGCUACUUCCCAGCAGAAACUAGUGAUAGAAAUUGCCUUUAUGAAAUGCUCAAUUUUCUUUGUUUCCAAGUAUUUUUCCUAUUUUGCAGCUUUCAAUAGUUCAUUCAAAAUAUGUUCUUUCAGAUUGUUUUCGUUUUUGUCACAGUAAUUUCACUCUUAAGUCAAAUCAGGCCCCAAUUGCUUCUUUAAGUUGAAAAUUACCAAAUAAUUAAAAUGUAAUGUGCAGCUUAGUAAAUGGCUUUUCAUUUCCUUUCAAAACUUUUCAUUUAAGUCUUGCAUUGGCUCAUUGGACAAAUGAUUUUGGUUCUGGACAUCUCCUUUUCUAAGGCAUACUCAUUAUGUGCAAAUGUGGCAGUCUCUUGUGGAUUGUAUUUGUCUUCAAUAGAAAAAUCUCUAAACGUUUAAGAAAUAAAGUGGGACUUUUUUAAAAUAAAAAAAA